CCGAGGCUGGCACUCAGUUGUCACAGCUUCCUGGUGCGUUACAGCCGGCUACUCAUCUGCUGGACCCGUUAUCUCCAACAACCCGCAACUAGUUUCCGAGAAACCUUCACAUUCCACUAACCGCGCUGAACUACAGGCUUAUCAACGCAGCGGAAAAGUACGGCCUUCAAGAACCUUCAUCUGCGCGUCAAGAAUCUUCCUGGGAUAGACAGACUGUCUGUGCGCGAGCGGUUUUUCCAGCGAUCCCAGCCAUGAGUGCCAGCUGACAAAGUUGAAAACGGUAUUGAAGCGAUUUAUUUGGCCCAGCUUAUUUCAACGGAAAAGGGGCCACCGAGUCAGCCGCGAGUUAUGAGAAAAGUUUCGAAUCAAUCACUCUGUUUGGUCCAUUCGUACAAAAAGCGCCGCAUUAAGUGUAGUAAGAGGAUUAGAAGAACUUUUAAUUGCAGUGACAAUAUUUGCAAUCGAAAAACUAGUUGGAUUGAACAGUUAAUGAGCAGUGAUAGUUGUAUUUGAAAAAGUUAUUGUGAGCAGCUGUGACUUUUGUUCAAAAAAGCCGUAGCAGCCAAAAGCCUAAAAGAAAACAUGGGAAAGGUUAACAAUAUGCUAUCAACGUUCAAAGCCAGCGUCCUCGAGAGCAACACGAUCUGGAAGCACCCGAGGCAAGCGGCCCAGAAGGACCGGAAGGACACCAACCGGGACCGGCGAAAACGGAAAAACUCGGUCUGCCAGCAAAAGUCCGAGCUUGAACUCGACAAGGUUAGCGUUGGUCAGGACGUCAAACGCGAGGAAGAGUCCGCCCAAGAUCAGGACCACGGUGGGGAGGAGGACAACAGUAUGGUCGCGGGAGUCGUUAGUAACUUCCACUCGGACCGGCGGAACGACCCGCUGGUCCGGGAGAUGCUGCGGACGAGGGAGCUGAACGCGAAGCGCUACCCGGAGGACUACUCGCACGUGUUUCGCACCAAAUCCCGCUGGGACCUGAUCCGGAUCGCGUUCGUCAUCAUGGGCAUGGAGUUUGUGUACUCGGCGGAGACGGCCUUUGUCACGCCAAUUCUGCUCGGAAUCGGCGUUGAGCACCAGCUGAUGACGCUGGUGUGGGCCAUCUCCCCGUUGAUCGGGUUCUUCCUGGCACCCAUCCUCGGAACAAUCAGCGAUCGUAGCCGUUCGAGCUUGGGUCGUCGCCGACCUGUGCUGCUGGGACUGUCCGUAACGUUGGUCAUUGGAUGCGUGUUGGUGCCGUUUGGAGAGAACGUGGGGAAGUUCUUUGGAGAUUUGGGCGAGGUUAUACCGGAAAGUUCGAUGAAUUUGACUGAAAUUCUGCGAUCGAACCUGUCGGCGUUUACGCCGUACGAGUUUUAUCGGGUUGAUCAAGAGAUCUACAACCACGAGAUGCACUACAAGUGGGCGAUCUUCUUUACGAUUCUGGGUACACUGCUGCUGGACUUUAGCGCGGACACCUGUCAAACUCCGGCUAGGGCGUACCUGUUGGACAUUUGUUUGCCUGAGGAUCACGGUCGGGCUUGUAGUACCUUCUCGAUCAUGGCUGGUAUUGGAGGCAGUCUGGGAUAUGCUCUCGGUGGUUUCAAUUGGGACAAUACAACAUUUGGAGAGAUGCUCGGAGGCAGCAUCAAAACCGUAUUCACGUUAGUUACGAUCAUAUUUGUGAUCGGUUUUAUCCUAACGAUGACGAGCUUCCGCGAGAUCCCGUUGCCCCUCAUGGAGAAGGACGAAUUGUUGCGACCGUUGACGGAGUCAGCGAUCAAAGCUGAACGUGCCAAACUGAACGAUAAGAUAUACUACAUCAAGGACGUCAGCAUGACGUUUGCCCUCCAGCUGCAGACGAUCCAGACUCCGGAUAAGCCAACUCCACAAAUCAUCAGUAAUGCGUUGACCGAGCUUGAGAAGGGCACCACUGUGGAGUCCGACGAGGACGAAGCCGAUGUCGAGGAGGUCUCCAGCUCGAUGAGCUUGACGGACUUCCUGAAGAGCAUCUUCAUGAUGCCCAAAUCGAUCGCGAUCCUCUGCUUUACGAACCUUCUCUGCUGGAUGGGCCACCUAAGCUACUGCCUCUACUUUACCGACUUCGUCGGCGAAGAGGUCUUCAAGGGAAACCCAGCAGCGCACUCUCAAUCAACCGAAUACCAGCUAUACUUAGAGGGAGUCCGUUACGGAUGCUACGGGCUGGCGAUCUACUCCCUGGCCUGUUCGUGCUACGCAUUCACCAUCGAGAAGCUGAUCAAGGUUCUCCGAGCCCGAAUCGUGUACUGCGGUGGACUGCUGAUCGACGCCACCGGAAUGCUGCUGAUGGCUCUGUUCCCAAACAAGGUCACCGUGUUCGUGUUCAGCGCCACCGGAGGAAUCGUGUACGCGUUGCUGUUCACCAUGCCGUUCCUACUGCUUGGCCAGUACCACGCCAAAGGACAGUUCAAAGUGAGUCGAUCGAAUGGUGGAGCGGCUGGCAGCACUGCCUCGGUGGACAAACCGGAGCGGAAACGAGGACUGGCAACGGAUAUAGCCGUGGUCGGGGGAAUGAUCUUCGUGGCGCAGAUCAUCGUAUCGCUGGGAAUUGGAUCGUUCAUUUCGUUGUUGGGGUCCACGACGGCGGUCAUUUAUGCGGCGGCACUGUUCAGCUUUCUGUCGGCCAUCUCGGCGACGCAGGUCGUGUACAUGGAUCUGUAGGAGUGCGGUGGAUUAGUAUGAUAGAGUCUAGUUUAUUUAUUUGAGGAAGCAUUUUACAUUAUGUACGAUGUAAUGUGAUACUUUUAAUUGUACUACUGUAAGUUAAGAACCCCAUGUUUGUCUGUUUUAUUAAAUAUCUCAUUGAAACCUUUA